AUGGAUUUCUAUAGAUCAAUCUUAAAGCAAACGGAUGUUUCUUUAAUGCUUGCAAAACAUGUAUUCUUCAGCAAACUUCGUCAGCCCAAUGCCAACAUAGUAUUAUCCCCACUCUCUAUUCAAAAAGUUCUUGGUAUGAUUGCUGCUGGCUCAAAAGGUCGUUCAUUGGACCAACUGUUGUCUUUUCUCAAGUUCAACUCCAUUGAAGAACUUAACUAUGUUUCUUCUCGGGUCAUCACUGAUGUCUUUGCCGAUGGCAGCCCCUAUGGAGGUCCUCGUUUGUCCAUUGCUCAUGGCGUUUGGAUUGACAAAACUCUCUCUUUUAAGCCUUCUUUCAAACAGAUUAUGGACAAUGUUUAUAAGGCUGGUUGCAGUUCUGUUGAUUUUCUGCACAAGGUUGUUGUGAUUCUCGGAUCAAUAUGA